ACACCAACAUCACAUAUACCCCGACCAAUUGACUUCUCUUUCUCUAUCUAUUUCUCCAAUAUCCCUCUUUUCCCCUUCUUUCUCCUUAAACUCUGGCUAUUCGAUGCUAUGGAGAAUGAUCCUAAUAAUUCUUCCAACUCCCAAAAAUACCAAAUAACAUGGAGCUCUGAUGAAUUAUUAGGCCUAAGCCAGGUUAAGUUUUAUAGGUGUAGUUUUUGUAAAAGAGGGUUCUCCAAUGCACAAGCUCUGGGUGGACACAUGAAUAUCCAUAGAAAAGAUAGAGCCAAGCUUAGAGAAAUAUCGAUCGAAAGUUCAGAUAUCAAGAAGCCUAUCAGUACUUCUCCUGAUAUUCCGGCACCUUCAAGUGAUGACUUAUUGCAACACGAAGUAUCUAGCGAUGACACGAGUAGCCCCUCAAAAAGGCCACGUGUCACACCUGAAGAAGAACGUGAUCAUCAUCAUCAUCCUCCUCCUAGUUCGAAAGCAAAAGAAAUUGAAAAUCAUGAUCAGCAUCCUAUUUCCAAAGCAAAAGAUGAUAAUCAUGAAGUGAUCAUUGGGGGUGAUAUUUUACAAUUACCCUUGUUUGUGGACAUUCCAUCAAAAGAAGUAAUCAAUUGUGAGGAAAAACAAGAAGGAAAUGAGGGCAUGCAAUUGAGUGUUGAUUCAGAAUUGGAUCUUGAGCUUCGGUUAGGGCCGGAACCUUCAAAUCCUCAAUAAAACCAUACUAGUUGGUUUUAAUAUCUUGAUCAAAAUAUACUAAUAAUCUACUCAGAAUCCAUAACCAAGAGGUACUUUUAUUUCCUAUUCUUCUGCUAAUAUUUUUUCAUUUUUUUGUAAAUGCAAUAAUUCUUCCAGCAACGAGCCAAAUCGACAAAUGGAGGAGAUCUUUAAACAAAUAUCCAGCUGAAUUCACAGUUUACUUUUCGUCACCGGUAUACAUAUAUUAUAUACUGAUUUUACAUGAUUAUAC